CAUCUUGAGAGCACCACCAAAGCAACACUAACAACAUGAAGAUUAUGAUCGUGCUCUCGGCCCUGCUGGCCAUCGCCCUGUGCAGCAGCGAGCAGGAGGCUAACAAGAAGGACAAACGGGGAAUCGUCGAGUUGAACAAUGGAUACGAGGAUUACUACUACGGUAACGAGUACCAGCAUCAUCCGCAUGUGACCAACCACGUCACCGUGACCAAGAAGGUGGCCGUUCCGUACCCGGUGGCCGUCGAGAAGCAGGUUCCGGUGGCGGUGAAGGUCCCCGUGCCGGUGCACGUCGAAAAGGAAGUCCCGGUCGUGGUGGAGAAGAAGGUUCCGGUCUAUAUCGAGCGGAAGGUUCCGGUGCACGUCGAUCGUCCUUACCCGGUGCCGGUGAAGGUCCCGGUGAAGGUUCCCGUCUACCAUAAGCAGGUGGUUGAGGUGGCCAAACCAUACCCGGUAGCGGUCGAGAAGCCGUACCCAGUGUACGUGAAGCAACCGCACUACGUCCACAAAACGGUUGAAGCUCCAGUUUACGAGCACAAGUCACUGUGGCACUAAACCGUUCGGA